AGCCCCAGAAUUUCUUUUUGGUUUCUUUUUAGGUUUUCUCAUCAAUAUUUCUGGUUUUGUUCAUACAUCAUUUCCUUGACUUUCUCUACAUCCUUAAUUCUUUGAGCAUGUUUAAGACAGUCGUUUGAUCUGUGAUUAGGCAUUUUUUAGGACAGUUUCAGUUGAAUUAUUUUUUCCUUUGAAUGGACCAUAUUCCUUUUAUGCCUUGUGAUUUUUGUUGUUGGUGGUGAUGAGCUAAUAAUGUGGUAAAUCUGGAAAUCGGAACCAUCCUCUUCCUCAGGAUUUGCUGUUCUGGUUGUUGUGUUUGUUUCUUUGAUUACGGUUUGCUGUCUCUGGGCUGAGGAUCAGCCUGAUGUGUGACCUUCAGGUCUUCUCAGAUCUUUUCUGUCUGCACCUUUCCCUAAGGACACACACAAUCACUUUCUGCUUUUUUCUGUGUAUUCAGUUGCUUUUGAAUGUUGUAGGUUUUAAUUUUUCUCCAAAAGAAAAAUGCAGUAUGGAGUAAAAGGGCACUAGCCCUUUAAAUCUCCCAGAAGUUCCUUUAGUCAAAGGGGGAGAGGCUGCAACUGUGGCCUCCGCCUCGUCUGCCCCGCUGUGAGCAGAAUCAGCACUCAGAACACAGGUCCUCAGUGUCUGGGGGGCAGGGUCCUUUUUGCCCACCGUGGCUCCAGGAGCAGGUGCACAGCUGCCUGCCAGGGGGUGGGGGUGGGUAGGUGUCAUUAUGCUAAGAGCCAGAGGGACUGUGGUUCACCCUGCAGGCCGUCCCGUGAAGUUGCGAGCCUUCAACAGACUCGAGUUCCAGAGUAGUUGCACCAGACAAGAUUCUGCCGGGUCACCUGUUGUCCAGGGUAAGGGAAACCUACUAGAAGAUUGUCAGCUGCAGAAAGCUGACCUCAUAACUCAGGUGAAACAACUUCAAGAAAGACUGGACUGUCUGGUCCAUUCUCAGAGCCUUCAGAGCUUUGAGACAGAGGGAUUUAAAUGUCAACAGCCAUUGGCAUUUUGGCAUGUUUUAGAAAAUAGUUCAAGUGAUAGUUCCAAUAAUGGUGAUGAAGCUGACAAUUCACCUCCUGUUGAUGCAUUAAACAUUCAUGAAACCCUGUGGGAUCCAGUUGAUGUUACUGGAAAUCCGAACUCAGUGAUAAGCGAGGAGCCAGGUGCUCCUGGGGAGGAUGAGGUAGAUUUGCAGAAUGGCUCACUUUGCUUACAGGUGAGCUUGCCCGGUAGCUCCGGCGGCUCAUCCCACAGUGAGGGGACAGAGCCCUUAAAGACCACCCUCCGGGCAGUGGACCUAUCCUCCUGGAGCUCCCCUGAGGUCGUGAGGAAGGACUGGACCCUCGAGCCCCCGCCCAGCCUGCCCCUGACGCCUUGCUCCGACGCCCUGAGCCAGUGCAGCCUGGAUGCCACCCUGCAAGACAGGAUAGAUGCCUUACUGCUCCCGUCUGACCAGUCCCAGGCACUCUGUUACCCAGGCAGGUCAGCAUCCAGAAAGGCACCUGGGUGGGCAGCGUCUCUGCUGGCCACAGUCAGGGCUCCCUUUGCUGACCAGCACGUGCAGUGGACAGCUGUGCAAAAGUCAGCAUCGUCUCCUGGGCUGGCGGGAAGGCCUGGCGGCAGUGCAGUGC